UUAGCUGGACAGUUUGAGUUGCUGUAACAUAUAAAUGUAUUUACUUUCCCGAUAUUGAAGAGCCUUUGCUUGACAUGAUUCUGCAUUUUCUUAUCGGAGGAUUCUUUCGUUUCAAACCAUUUUGCAAAACUCAUUUGUACGUGCCAAGUUACAACGAGUUGAGCUAACACACAGUAAAGUCACACCCAAUUAGCCGCUAGAGUGCUGCAUAGGCAAUGCGCUUUGGACUGCCUGCUACAGAAGGAUUGCAGGCUGGUGGACCUCUGAGGGCAUUCUUUGUGAUUGCGUUGCUUAGCGUGUUGAUGCUCACGCUGCUGAGGACUGUGGGAUUGAGAGCAUUCUCCAUGGCGUCCGAGACCUACAUGUCGGGCACACACUCUGCUGCCUUCGUCACCUGCCCCAACGAAGAGGUGGCCAAAGAUCUGGCCAGGGGAAUCGUUGAGAAGAAGCUGGCUGCUUGUGUCAACAUCGUCCCCCAAAUUACAUCUGUAUAUGAGUGGCAGGGGAAGAUCCAGGAGGAUAGUGAAGUGUUGCUGAUGAUUAAGACCAGAAGUUCUAAGGUUGCAUCUCUGGCAGAAUAUGUUAGGUCCAACCACCCGUAUGAAGUAGCAGAGGUCAUCAGCCUACCCAUAGAGCAGGGCAACCCACCCUACCUCAAGUGGCUUGGUGACGCUGUACCAGAAUGAUGGGUGGAUGGACAGAGGAAGGGAUAGGUGGAUGUACAGAGGGAGGCUGUGAGAAAUGUAUUUGGAAUAAUAAAAUCUGCAGAAAUGUGACUAAAAGGUA